CGGGCGAAAGCGGCCGGCGACUCCGCUAGCUUGGGCCCGCUUUUGUGAGAUGCUCUCUGGCAAAAAGCGGCGGCCCGAGCACGCGAAACGGCUCGUUGGCGCGUUCAGAGCCGUUUCGUGAAGCAUCAGGCCAGUGUUACCAGCGCUGAGCACCAGAGCCGCUCCGGAGCUGGGCCACAUUUGUGCCACAAGUGUGCUGCCACAGUACACGCUGUCGCCGCGCGCGAUGUGGAGAGAUUAUGCGCGACUCAGUGGGCUUGCAGCCAUCUGGCUCGUCAUGGUCGGCAGCUACUGGACGCACCCGGCGCCCGCGUCGCUGGCCGGCAUCGCGCUGCCGAAGGACGUGGGCCGCUGGCUGAACCGCGGCGCGCUGUGUCGCGAGGUCGCUACGCGCUGCGCGAAAGGCAACAGCUGCGGCGACGGCGUCAACGAGCGCUGCGGCAGAGCCGCGUCCGCGGCUGUCUUGCGCGCCUCGGGCCGCUGCCGAAGCGCGCUCGCGGCCAUCGAGCCCGCCGACGGCGCCGCGCCGGUCGUCGCACGCGCGCGCGAUUGCCUGCGGCACGCGUAUCGAUACGCGUUCCGGGGUGAGGGGUUGCCGGCGCCGCGGCUUGUGGGCGACGUGUAG